UAUUUCCGCACUAGGGAAAACGUUUAUGUGAUCACUGCUUGUGGUUGAGUCACGCUUGUGUGCAAAACAAAAAAUUGUAUUGAAAAAUUUUGCACAUACAAAGAAUUUUUGCGUCAACUUGAAAUUUGUUGCGAAAACGUUCGUGUGAACAUCGAGUAAAUUGCCAGCGAUGCGAUGUACGAAGCCUCCAUUAGUGGUUAUCAUUUGGCCGAGGUAUCACACGGCAAGCCCUAUUAUGUUUACCGCAUCGAGAUUCUGGAAUCAAAAACUGGCACUCGAUAUUACAUCGAGAGAAGAUACAGCGAGUUUAGUGCGUUACAUCGUGCGUUGAAAAAGGAUAAUGCAGAUAUUGCAUCAUUUCCCCCUAAGAGAGUAAGAAACUCACAGCCGAAAGUAUUAGAGCAAAGACGAGCUGCAUUGGAAUUGUAUAUCCAAAAGAUGUUACGUUUAUUGGCCACGAAACAACAAGUUCUUAAUUUUCUAGGUAUAGAAAAUCAGGACACUAACUCAUCCCACAAGAGAAUGCACAAGACUUCAAACAGCUUAAUGGAUAAUCAUCGAAUCACUCUCGGGCAUCAUCCAGUUUUAACUUUUCACUGUGAUCCGUACGUUCAAGCAGACUCGUCCAGCAGUCUUCCAGAUGUUGUAACCACCGGUGUGUUGUUAGGUAUAUACAAAUCAUGAGAUUCCAUAUGUGCUACAAUCAAUGUAUGAUCAAAACUCAAGAGCCAAACCUGGGUGUCAAGCAAAUGUUUCAAAUGUUAUUGCAAACCCAAGGUUUUCCUACAGUAUUAUUGCAAAAACUACAAUGUUUUAUCAAGUGAACAAAUUUGAUGAUAUAUUUAUACAUUUAUAAUAAUUUGUAAUUUAAUCAUAAGCGCAUUCUUAACUACGAUGAACGUCCAGCAACCAAGCUGAAUAAUAAUUGUAUAUAAUAUUGUUUUUGUGAAAACAUGUACAAGUUUUAUUCUUU